AUGCACGCCCAAAAGCACCACUUUUCCCCCUCUCCCCCCUCUUCUCCCUCGUCUUCUCACUCCGUGUCUCCACCCUCCUCUCACACUCUGUUCCGCUCUGCUCUCCUCCACCGUCUCACCCCUUUCCCCCUCAUCCCCCCCUCCUCUCAGGGCAACCCCCCGGGCCCCCGCUAUACAUCCCCCACGUCAUCGCCACUGGCACGCCCCUGCCAUUCACUCGUCGAGUCGUUGAAACAGUGCAGCCAGCAGCACUGCCACGUGGUGGACUCCUCCCCACUCAAAACGGAGAUGAUGGAUCAUAGGACAGCAGAGAGAGUGGUGCAGCUGGUGUCGGCCUGCCCAAGUGUGCGCUGUGUUGACCUCACAGGGGGAGCACCUGAGCUUAACCCUGAGUUCAGGUACCUGGUGACAGAGGCGCGCAGAAUGGGCAAGGAGGUGAUUGACCGCUGCAACCUCACCGUGCUGUUUGAGCCUGGGCAAGAGGACAGGGAGGAAAGAUGGGAGGAGGGAUGGGAGGAGGGAUGGGAGGAGGGAUGGGAGGAGGGAUGGGAGGAGGGAUGGGAGGGGGGAUGGGAGGAGGGAUGGGAGGAGGGGUGGGAGUAG